AUGCCAGAUCCAUUCGGAUCAUUCCGCUGGAUAUGUCAGCAUGCUCCCUUACCUCAAUGCAACCUUUUCUUCUCUCAAUUAUACAACAGCGACAAUGGCUUUACCACCCUCUUUCCUUCCACAUCCGCCUUUUUCAAUCAAUAUCAUGUUACUGGUACAGCCACAUCUGGGGACAAUAAUCUAGUCCUCGCACGAGGAGACGCAGGGACGGGCGUGGGGGCGAAUUGCGAAAUCGCUCACGUGGGGCAUAGGGGCAGUAUAGGUGAUGUCGCGUUGAUCGUACUCUCCGCCCUGAGUGUUCUUGUGGCGGUCGGUCUCACAUACGCUGCUAGUCGUAGAAAGGCGGCUGUGGGAAGGAUGGAACUGCGUUUGUUAUUGAUUGUUUUUGGUCUUCAUUCGGUUUUUCAACUUCUGACUAUGUCUUCAAUAUUUGAGCAAGGUUCAACGGCAUUAUCAAUCCUCUCUAGCAUACAUCUGGGAUUUGUCGCCGUCUUCUUUUGGCUUCUUCUUGGCAACGCCUUGAUAGCUACCCAAGUGGUUGAGGAUGGUACCCCGGCAGCUCUUGUUCCCCUGAUGAUCAUAGCGAUACUUUUCUUCGCUCCCACUUUAUAUAUAUCCCUCGAUACGGCACUAUCGUGGACAUCAGCUUUCCAGCUAUCUUCUAGUCAUUUCGAUGAACUCAAGUCGAUCGGGCUGUUCAUCUUGACUCUCAUAUGGCCAGCCGUGGCCGCUGUUGGUUAUCUGAUUAUUAUGCUUGUGAUAGUCCUGAAAGUGCUGAAUGAGGUCAAACCAGCUUUGUUUUACAUACUAGCUUUCAUGUUCUUUGCAGGAGGACAAGUCAUCUUCUUCCUCGCCUCUCAACCACUGUGUAAUUCCUCCAAUGGAAAGAUAAACGGCGCUUUCCUCUCUACCCUUCUCAAUACGGCUUCAAUAGGUUCCAUUUAUUAUGCUUGGAUGACUAUUACAGAGGAUGAUUGGGGUGACGAACUUGGUUAUUAA